AUUUCACUGGGUUCAGUGCCUAAAGCCGGCAGCAACAAUGGCAGAAAAGCCUCAGCUGCAUAAAAUGAACACGAUGGUGGUGACAGCAAAGAUAGGUAAGGAAAUUCUUGGUGGUGAAAAACUGGGUGACACACGACAAAUGACCUCUGUCAAGAAGACAAAGAGAUUAAAAAAGGGUUCCACCAUCAGUCGCACAAUUGAAGAAGCGAAGGUGUUGCUUGGGUCCGAUGUAAAAUUAGCGGAUGUGGAUGCCGCACGAAGUCUCCGUGUACGCACGAAUCGGUCGGACAAACUAGUGACGGUUAAGAAACGCAAAGCGCCAGGGGGUCGUGGUACUGGAGGUAAAGUAAAAAAACCAAGUGGACCGUCUGGUGAUGGAGCGCCAAAUGCCAAGUGA